AUGGCAACGCCUGCUGAAAGUUUUCAACACUGCUUCGAGCAGACAAACAAUAAUGAAGCAUUUAAUGAAAAAGAACUUACCCCAUAUAUCCCGGUACUAGUUACAACUGUUCAAGAACCACUUCUUCCUCAAUCGGAGUUCCCUUCAGAUCCCGGACUAUAUAACAAUACGAGUUUGAGCGCAAAGCUGAUAAGGAAGUUAUGUGAAAUAGGACCAUGUCAGCCAGGUCUACAGAAAUCUUUCCAAUUUCCAACUGAUGAAGCCGGCCGUAAGUUCCAAACAUCUUGGUAUACAAAAACUAUUGGAAAGGGAAGUAUAAAAAAGGAAAGAAAUUGGCUUGUAUUUUCACCUAGUAAUCAAAAUAUGUACUGCCACGCUUGCUGGUUAUUUGCUGAUUUUAAAGCUGAAAAUUAUAGCAAAGAAUGGUCUGAUACAUCUGCAGGAGUUUAUAAGUGGAAAAAAGGCAUGGAAAAAAUAGUUAAACACGAAACUUCUCACCAGCAUCAAAACGCAAUACGCCAAUAUUUGCUCACUAAAUAUCGUAUUUCAAAUGAUAAAACUGAUAUAUCUGGUUUAAUUAGUCAAGAGUGUCGCCAAGUAGAAAAGAAUAGAGAAGUUUUGAAACGAAUGAUAGACGUAACGUUGUUCUUAGCAAAAGGUUUAUCAUUUAGAGGACACAGAGAACAUCAACAUUUCAAAAUUGGUAAUAAAGGUACAGCUAAUAACGCUGCCAAUUUUCUUGAACUGUUAACUCUAUUAUCCAAAUAUGAUCUUACUUUGGAAAAUCAUCUUAGGUAUGAAAAGAGAAAUCAGCUGUAUUUAAGUCAUGAUGUACAAAAUGAUUUAAUUCAAUCGCUUGCUUCUGAAAUUUCAUCCACAAUCAACAAUGAGGUUAAAUUAGCCCAGUUUUUUUCGUUAAUUAUUGAUUCAACUAUUGAUAUUUCCAAAAUUGAUCAGAUGUCAGUUUCGUUACGAAUGGUUUUAAAAUCAGGUAAUUUUGUGGAAAGAUUCAUAGGCUUCUAUACUUUAGAAAACAGCAACGCUGAAGCAUUUGCUGAGUUAAUUUUAUCUGAGCUUGAAAAACGAAACAUUGAUAUUAAACUCUGCAGAGGACAAGCAUACGAUGGUGCUUCUGUAAUGUCUGGAAUUAAAAGUGGUCUUCAAACUCGGAUAAAAGCGCUUUCACCAAAUGCCAUCUAUGUUUAUUGCUGUGCUCAUGUUUUAAAUUUGGUGACCAUUGAAGCAAUGUCUGUAAACAGCGAAGUCCAGUUAUUUUUUGGCACAACUGAAAAAUUGUAUACGUACUUUACGUCUAGUUUACCACGACUUCAUAUUCUCCAAGAACACCAGAAACGUCUAUAUGAAUCAACAGUAGACACUCUGAAACGACUUUCUGAUACAAGAUGGGCAAGUAGGAAGCAUGCAGUUGAUGCUGUUGUUGAAUCUUUUUCUGCUAUUUUAGCCACUCUAGAAGAUAUAAAUCUAGGAGAAUCCAAACAACAUACAGGAAAUGUUAGAGCAGAAGCUAUUGGACUAUCAAUAUAG